AUGAGCUCGAAAACGGUUAUACUGGUGCAUAGGUAUGAUAAUUGCAACAGUUACAUUGCAUUAAGAUGGGAGUUUUCUUUUGAGAUUCUGGUCAAGGAUUGA